UACAUUAUUUGAGAGAUAAAACGUUGCAAGGCCGGAGGUUACGGAUACGUCCUGAUUUUUUUUUUUUCUUCUACUUUUAUCAUGGGCUCUACCUAUCUUUCUUCGGUUUGGCCAUGAUAUCAUUUACUAUCAUCAUCAUCAUCAUCAUCAUCAUCAUUAUGGGUCACUGCGUAGCGUUAAUGCAUUGGCAUUCAGUUUCGUCGCAAUGCUUCCUCUUUCAUAUGGUUACUUUAUCGAUAAUGCACGAGGGCAGAUGCGAGGAGAUGCCAGCAAAUCAUCUGACGAGUGGAUUUUACAAUGAAAUGGGCGAUGGAUGGGAUCUGUAGCUUCAAUGCCAUGAGAAGUCAGAAAAGGAAAGUAUUGAUUCAUUUGCGC